AUGUCCAAUAUCGAGAAGGACAAUACCAUUGAUGCCAAUUCAGCCCCAAGCAUAAAAGUCACCAAGGAUAAUGGUGAAACCAAAGAACAGCUCUCCAAUGAAGAGCACUCCAAUGGUGAUAAGGCUCCUGAAGGAGCACAAGUUAUUGCAACCGAAGAAGUACAAGUAAAUGCCUCCGGGGAAGUACAAGGAAACGGAGACACUUCAGAUGAUAAAGAUCCGGAUCAAUCAGAUAAAAUCAACCAAAUUCUCGAUUUGAAAUUUAAAAUUAACUUGCUAAUUAAUAACAUCAGAGAUACCUCCAAGUUAUGUGAUAAAUACAAUAAUGAAAACUCAUACUUGAAGGAGUAUAUCGGAACGUUGAUGAAUAGCAAUGAUAUCAAAAAAUAG